AUGGUAAAAGUUCUAAAAAAAUGUGGUGGACUGCCAUUGGCCAUUGUAAGCAUUGGCAGCCUUUUGGCAGGCUACAGAUCUCCUGAAAGCAAAUAUAUGUGGGAAACAGUUCUGAAAUCACUUGGUUCACAUAUAGAUAACCACCCUACCCUUGAGGGGAUGAGACGGAUAAUCACACUUAGCUACGACCACCUACCUCAUCACCUCAAGAGUUGCAUGAUGUAUCUUAGCAUAUUCCCAGAGGACUUUUUGAUUGCCAAGGAUAGGCUGUUGAGGAGAUGGAUUGCCGAAGGAUUGGUUGCUGAGAAGCGGGGGUUGACCCUAAUGGAGAUUGCAGAAGGCUACUUCAAUGAGUUGGUGAGUAGAAGCAUGAUUGAUCGGGCUGCAGAUAGAGUGACCGAUACUGAUGGGAGGGAGCAGAUGUGUCGUGUCCACGACAUGAUGCUUGAGGUCAUGGUGUCCAAAUCCCUUGAGGCUAACUUUGUAAGCCUGUUAGGUGAGGCGUACCAAGGGAUGCCGUAUGAUAGGGUUCGCCGCCUCUCCAUCCAUGGUGGAGUAGAGGCAUCCAGCAAAAUGGCAGAGGAUCAUGGAAGGAAAAAUAAAAUCAAAGGGAUGAAUGUAAAACAUGUCCGAUCACUUAGUAUGUUUGCACUUGAUGGGCACAAGUUGCUUAAUCAGCUAGAUGAGUUCACCUUGCUGAGGGUACUUGAUCUGGAAAAGUGCACGGGCCUAGGAAAAAGGCAAAUGGAUGAUAUCUGCAGAAUGUACCUUCUAAGGUUCUUGAAUUUGAAAGGAACAGAUGUCAGUGUGGUUCCUUCCAAAAUUGAUCAGCUAGAGCAUUUGCAGACACUUGAUGUACGUGCCACACGCCUUGAAGAUCUACCAAAAACUGUGACAAAUCUGGAGAAACUUGAGAGCCUGCUGUACUCCAACAAGGAUAGAUACUGGGAUUUCCAUUGGGAAGCGCCAAAGGGCCUAAGAAAAAUGAAGGCUCUACGGAAGGUGAAUAAUUUGACCGUCAGAUCCAACAUUGAUGUUAUUGAGGAGAUCGGCGAGCUAGAACAAUUGCAAGAAUUAGAUAUCUCUGUUAUACCAGAGAUUGAUGAGGCUCAUCAGGACAAGCUUGACGAGUCACUGAGUAGGUUAUACUCCCUCCGAUGCCUUAACCUUCAAAUUGUUACUAAUACAGAGUGGAAGAAGAACUUUCUGCAGAACCUCAAGUCAACGCCACCACGGCUCCUGAGAUACGUUAGGUUGUGUGGUACCCUCCAAGGAAAGACAGGUGUCCUUGGUGUACCUACGUUGACUGACUGGGUUAGUAAACUGACUAAUCUUGUUGAGUUUGCCAUAGCUUGGGCACAUCUUCGUGGUGACACCCUAUUCGACGUCCUGUCUAAGCUGCCCAACCUGAAGACCCUGACCCUCGAGAUAAGCUUCCAUUCUGAAAAGAAGAUAGUUGCACGCACUAGCCAUAAAUUUCCGGCGCUGACGGAACUGAGAAUGGACGGUGUUCGUAGUGUUCCUGAAGUUUACGAAUUUGAGAAAGGAUGCAUGCAAAAUCUGGAGACCAUUUUUCUUUCUUUCGGUUGCUACAAGCAGAGAAUUGUCGGAAUCGAGCACUUGACCAACCUUAAAGAGGUGCAGCUCACCGGUACGAAAGAAAACCAAACAAUGGUGGAUACAUUGAAGGAGCUAGAGGAAGAGAAUGCCAGGCGUGAGCGCAAUGGUUCCAACCUGUUGAGAGUGAAAGUGAGAUAUGAGUGA